AUGGAGUACAUUAAAACUCCAUUUAGAGGUAUCCUAACCGAUGUUAGAGCAAGAGCAGCUUGCUAUAAACAAGAUUGGGUUGCUGGCAUUCUUUCUGGAUCCAGUAUACUAGCACCAACUACAUACAUAUUCUUCGCUUCAGCCCUUCCUGUUAUUGCCUUCGGCGAGCAACUUAAUAGAGAUACAGAUGGAAGCUUGAGCACAGUAGAAACAUUAGCUUCCACUGCUAUCUGUGGGAUCAUACACUCGAUACUCGGUGGGCAACCCCUUUUAAUAUUAGGAGUUGCAGAACCAACUGUCAUAAUGUACACUUAUUUGUACAACUUUGCCAAAGGAAGGGAAGAUUUAGGGCAAAAACUCUUCUUGGCUUGGGCUGGAUGGGUUUGUGUCUGGACAGCUCUUUUGCUGUCUCUUCUUGCAAUAUUCAAUGUUUGUGCUAUAAUCAAUCGGUUUACUCGGGUAGCAGGCGAACUUUUCGGCAUGUUGAUUGCCGUUUUAUUCAUCCAAGAGGCUAUCAGGGGCAUGGUCAGCGAGUUUGAGAUUCCGAAAGCUGAAGACCCGAAGUUAGAUAAGUAUCAAUUUCAAUGGCUUUACACUAAUGGACUAUUGGGUAUCAUAUUUACUUUUGGCCUUCUUUAUACUGCCUUAAAAAGUAGAAGGGCCAGAGCAUGGUGGUAUGGCACAGGAUGGUUUAGAAGUUUCAUUGCAGACUAUGGUGUUCCAUUAAUGGUUGUGGCAUGGGCAGCACUUGCAUUUAGUGUACCAAGCAAAGUUCCUUCUGGGGUUCCCAGAAAACUUGUUAGCCCUCUUCCAUGGGAUUCUGCAUCCUUAGAUCACUGGACUGUCAUCAAGGAUAUGGGAAAUGUCUCUCCAGCAUACAUCUUUGCUGCCUUUAUUCCUGCUCUGAUGAUCGCAGGGCUCUACUUUUUUGACCACAGUGUUGCAUCCCAGAUGGCACAACAGAAGGAGUUCCAUCUCAAAAAUCCUUCUGCGUACCAUUAUGACAUCUUGUUACUGGCCUUUAUGACAUUGCUUUGUGGAUUAAUUGGGCUACCUCCUUCUAAUGGUGUUCUACCACAGUCUCCUAUGCAUACUAAGAGCCUUGCUGUCCUCAAACGACAGUUGAUUCGAAGGAAGAUGGUGGCAAGUGCCAAAGAAAGCAUCAAGCAGAAAGCUAGCAACUCUGAAAUCUAUGGCAAGAUGCAAGCUGUUUUCAUUGAAAUGGACAGCAGUCCAACGGACAGCAGUCCAACAUUACAAGAAUGCCAAACACCACGGUUUUCUGAUAUGCAGCAUGCAGUAGUUAAAGAGCUGGAAAACCUGAAGGAUGCAGUCAUGAAAGAAGAAGAUCCAAAGGAUACGUUUGAUCCUGAAAAGCACAUUGAUGCCUACUUGCCUGUCCGAGUUAAUGAGCAAAGGGUAAGCAAUUUUCUGCAGUCGCUACUUGUGGCAGCAUCAGUAUGUGCUACGCCUGCAAUAAAGCUGAUACCUACAUCAGUCCUUUGGGGAUAUUUUGCUUACAUGGCAAUUGACAGUCUCCCAGGGAACCAGUUCUGGGAAAGAAUGCUACUUCUCUUCAUUGCACCUGGCCGGCGCUACAAGGUCUUGGAGGGGGUUCACGCUUCUUUUGUGGAAUCAGUUCCAUUCAAAUAUAUUGCCAUAUUUACAAUAUUCCAAUUCGUGUAUUUCCUGGUCUGUUUUGGUGUGACAUGGAUUCCGAUAGCUGGAAUCUUGUUCCCAUUGCCGUUCUUUGUUCUCAUCAGCAUAAGACAACACAUCCUUCCUAAGUUGUUCCGUCGAAGUCAUUUACGGGAGCUAGAUGCAGCUGAAUAUGAGGAGAUUACAGGCACCCCAAGACUUUCGCCCAGCCUCUCUCUCAAGGAAAGAGACGCACAUGUUCAUGGCAAUGAGGACUGCGAAAUGGAAAUGUGUGAUGCUGAGAUAUUAGACGAGCUAACUACCAGCAGAGGAGAGUUGAAGGUUAGAACCGUAAGCUUGAAAGAAGAGAAAACUACUCAGGGUGCUGUCCAACCAGAAUGA